CAUUUUUAAUUUCAUAUUUCUAAGCAGAAUAUUUUGGAGUAUUUUGAUUCAUAAAAAUCGAAUUUAUUACGAGUAGUUAAUUAAUUACUUAUUUAUAAAUAGAUAUUUAUUUUUAAGUUUAAAAUAGCGAAGUAGAGUGGCACAGAGGUACCUACCAUGCAAUAUGUUGGGAUACUACCUAACUUCGUUCAUCCAAAUUGCAAACCCUAAAUAUUAAAUACUUAGUUAUAACUAAUUAACUAGCCAACUAGGUACCCAUAGGCAGACAUUUUUCAAAAUAUUAAUCGACCAUAAUAUUUAAAAAAAACUUAAUUGCAUACUAAUAAAGUCGCUCCAUGUGCUUGCUAAACUUAUCUUACCUUAAACGGCUUAAACACCAUGCAAUUAUAUACCUCCAACUAUAUUUUAAGGGGCCCGGUGCCAGUUAUUCAAAUUUUCCGAAAUUCAAUAAAAUUUUAUAUUUUAGUUGCCACUUCAAUUAUAAUACUUUUCCACUAAUCUACUACCCGUACAUAUUUAGGGGGAGUUGAUAGGGUGUAUUAAAAAUUUUCGAAUUUCUCUGUUUGUACAUUUUGAGAGGGCUUAGCCCCCACUAUAUCCCCACCACCAAUUUCAGCCUAUAUGUAGGUUAUACCUACUAAUUCGAAAUUUGAUUUUUAUGUACUCAAUCUAUAAGUAGGUAGAAUAGGUAGAUACUCCAAAAAAUAUUCUGCUCUUAAAUAUGAAAUAGAUAACUUAUGUUGUUAUUCAAAAAAGUAAAUAAAAAGUAAAAAAAAUGAUUAGGUACCUAUAUAGAAUAUAGAUACGAUAAAAAUGUAAAUAAUAUUAUUUAAAAAGUAAAAACUUUCCGAAAUAUUUAGUCCCUUAAAUGGAUUACCUUGUAUUAUGUAUAUUGUAUACAUAUAAAUAUAUAAUAAAAUCAAUGGAAAUAAUAAGAAAUUAGAUAGGUAUGAGCCACGAGGUAGGCAGGUGCCAAAGUAAACAUUAAAUAAUUAAAUAAUUUAACUAGGGUAAUAAUUUAAGGCCACGUCUGUAUAUUUUCUACUUAUGAGUUAUGUUGAUCAUUUGAUAAACAUACCUACUUUAAUGAAUCAUUUUUUUUAUAUACCUAUUACCUAUAUGUGACCAUAACUGUGGGGACGGGGUUAUCAAGGAUAGUUUAUAGAGUCAAACUUAUAAAUAAUAAGAAUCAGUUGCUAUUAGAUGAUUUAAUUGUUGCCUACUUUUUUAACAGGUAUCGUCGUAUCGUGUGAUUUCAUUUACCUACUCUGCUACUCGUCAGGAGUGAAAAAUGACCGUUCAACUGGAUAAAUCCUCAUUAGAACAUUUAAAAUGUAAAUACAAACAAUUUCCUGAAGAAUUUAUGCUCGGUACUGCUUCUUCAGCAUAUCAAAUCGAAGGUGCAUGGAAUGAUGAUGGAAAAACCGAGAGCAUAUGGGAUCGAGUCGCUCACACUAAACAAGAAUUAUUUGCGGAUGAUUUAGAAUCAGACGAUACAAAUUUUCCAAGUGUAAAUAUGAUAUCAGAAAAUAAAUUCUCAUGUGUAUCGAAAGGAAAGCCUAUGUACAGAGAAAAACAACGCCGUGCUGCCCCUAUUACUGGAGAUAUUGCUUGUAAUAGUUAUUAUAAAGUUGAUGAAGAUGUUAAGCUUCUUAAAGAACUUAAGGUCCAAUCAUAUCGAUUUUCAUUAAGUUGGCCACGUAUUUUACCUAGAGGCGAAGAUAGUUACAUUAAUCCUGCCGGUGUUCAAUACUACAAUCGACUUAUUGAUAAAUUAAUAGAGAAUAAUAUAACACCUAUAGUGACAAUUUAUCAUUGGGACUUGCCUCAGUGUAUACAAGAUUUGGGAGGGUGGUGUAACAAACAAAUAAUUGAGUUCUUCACUCUUUAUGUACGAGUGGUUUUCAGAACAUUUGGCGAUCGUGUGAAAUAUUGGAUAACUAUCAAUGAACCUUACUUGGUAUCAGAAAGCUACGGAAAUGAAAGCGGUGCACCUGCAUUAAACAAAAGUGGUUAUGGGGAUUAUUUGGCCAUUCAUCAUACAAUAUUAGCACACGCAACUGCUUACCAUUUAUACAACCGAGAAUUUAGACCAUUGCAAAAUGGUCAAAUAGGUAUAAGCUUAAACAUGGAAUGGUAUUAUCCAAAAAAUGUAAAUUCCUUAGAAGAUCAUUACGCUGCCCACCGUGCUCGUAUGUGGCAGUUUGGAGUUUUUGCCCAUCCGUUAUUUUUCGGAGACUAUCCUGAAGAUGUAAAACAAGGAGUUAUGGAAACUAAUCAGUUUUUUGGAAUAUCAUUGAAACGACUGCUCGAUUUUAGUGAAAAUGAAAAAUAUUUAAUUAAAGGAACAUUAGAUUUUUUGGGUAUCAAUCAUUAUUUUUCGGUACAUGCCACUAAGCUUCAAUCAACUCAGCAUCAAUCAUUAAAGACUCGAGAUUCUAAUUUUGAAUUAUCAUUAAUUGAAGAGAUUCCUUAUUCAAAUCCCACGUGGAUAAAAGAAACUCCCAAAGGCAUGCGUAAUUUGUUGUGUUGGAUUAGAGAUACAUACGGAAAUCCUAAGAUUAUUAUUACUGAAAACGGCGUUUCAGACAAAGGUCAAAACGAAGACGAGAAUGCAUUAAUUAAAAUAAGAUAUCAUUAUGGCUAUUUAAGUGCUGUUCUCAAUGCAAUAUACGAAGAUGGGUGUAAUGUGAUUGGUUAUGACGUCUGGUCAUUUUUGGAUUCAUUAGAAUGGUUUUUUGGAUACAGGGAAAAAUUUGGAAUGUACAGAGUUGAUUUCAAUGACCAGAAUCGUUCAAGAUAUCCAAAGAAAUCAUUACAGUUUUUUAAACAGUUAUUUCAAACAAAAACCUUACCUGAUGUAUUAAACGAUUUGUAUUGUGAAAAUAAUUGUGAUAGGGGAUAGUGAACUUAAGCCUAGAGAAUGUAUACCUAAUAAUCCAACUUAAAAUAGUUUAAACAUUGUAAAGAUUAUAAUUUUUGCAAUCUUAAAUUUUUUUAAUAAUUUAUACCCUAUAAACAUUACUCCAACUUUACAGCAAUUUAGAGAAUAAUAAUGACGGGGCUAAGUCUUUUAAAUAAUUUUAGUAUAGGAUCGAGUCUUAUUACUUAAAUAUUAAAAAUAUUUCGGCGAGUGUCAAUAAACUUUAGGGACAGGGGAGCUUAUAGCCCCAUGAGCCCUCUCAAAAGACGCGGUUUUUGUUUUCUAGGUGGUGGGUGUACAAAUUUGGUUGGCUUCAUAGGUAAAAAAAGUUCACCACGCCACUGUGACUCUCAGUUUAUGGUUUUAUGAUCGCCUAGCAUUGAUGGCAGGGUGGAAUGGAAUCAUAGAUAAUAUAAUAUUCUUAUAUUAUCUAUGAAUGGAAUACGUUGUCCAUUAGUUUAUAGGUCUAUGACACUCUCCCUCUUGGGCCAGAGUGACAGUGUGUACGAUUGAGGAGAGAACGCAGGCGUUGGGGCCGUGUCACCUGGCAAGUAUAUCUUAGUCCGUGAUAAAUACCCAGGAAAAAUGUUUUAUAAAUGUAUUAUAAUUAAAAUGUACGGUUUGUUUAUAUGGAUCGCUUUAUGGAUUAGCUUUCUAUACAUGCACUUCCAGGAACCACUGCUUCCAAUAGUUUAGCCAUUAUUGAGACCACCUUUGUAUUUCCCCUAAGUUAUGGCUUAUAGUUUUUCUGUCACUUUACGAUUGGUCCCAAUAAAGUUCUCAAAUUUUACCAUUGAUCUUUGGUUCCAAGAUUGUACACUACGUUACUGCCCAGUUGAUUUUACAAAAUUAGUAAAUUUUAGUAAAUUAACUAUUUCUCCUUAAUCGAUUUUUGAUAUUUUGUUGUAAUUCAAAAACGAAUAGAAACCGAAGAUACUUGACAUUUUACUUUACCGAUUGCUUAUAUUAGAAUUUUCUAUGUGUAUACAUGGUAAUAUUUUGGAAUUAUUUUGUCGCCUUUUGAUAUUAUAGAAAUUUAUCAUCAUUCAUCAUUCAUCAUGACAUCAUGUAAUAAUGUUUAUUUUUUGAAUUUCAUUAAAAUUGAAUACAAUAAAAACUAAGUGUAUCAUAUUAUAUUAUGUCUAUGGUGGUCAUCACAGAA